CGAUUUAAUAUUUAUUCAUCAUCAUCAAAGCGGCCACUACUUUCCAAGCAGCAGGAGAAGGGGGAAAGCAAUUGCUGAACGGAGCAGGCGCCGCCACAAUUGAAAAAAAAUGAAACAGGCGGUUGAGAUGACGGCGCCUUUCCGUGGAAUGACGCAGUUGGACCCGUUUUCUUAUCGUACUGCCGGUGCGGGGUUUGUUUUUGUCAGUCGCAGUAACGCAUCGCGCAGUCAUACGACCCUCACGCGGUUACAGCUGUUUUGUACAUCUUGCCACGCGAAAUCUCCCCAGUGAGUGGUGAAGCGGUAGUGUGUUCUCUUUGCUGCUGCUCGCAUUUCAAUUGUCCGCGGUGUGACAAACGCAUUUGAAUUGUCCGUGCUUAUCCCCCGGUACCAGAUUAAUCCUUUACCCCCACCAAAUGGCGUCGACUACGGAGAUUCCACCAACGGUCAGCAGCAGUGCUGGCGGCAGUUCCUCUACCGCACCUACACUGGAAGAUCUGAUCGAAGAUUCCCAGCCAACGGGAUCGAACUCCUCAGCGACAGACAACCCCACGAGCUCCUCGUUUGAUUUCCUGAUCGUUAACUCAGAGCCCUCGUCCUCAUCGACUGCCUCCAACAGUAGCAGCAGCAGCAGCAAUCAGCGAAGGCCUACUACAACCACGGAUAACAGUGAUGACCAGCAGCAGCAGCAGCAGCAGCAGUCAACAACCGGUGCGAAUCGUACCAAGUCAAAUCUAGAAGGCAACGCGUCGGAAGCAGGCCAAACCUCGGGUGCCAGUACUGCUACCGGGGGUGGCAGCGGUGACGAAGAGAAGAAGGACGAAACCGUCUUUGAGUGUAACAUCUGUCUGGACACGGCGAAGGAUGCGGUCGUCAGCAUGUGUGGCCACCUUUUCUGCUGGCCCUGCAUUCAUCAGUGGAUGAACGGGUACCGCAAUACCUGCCCGGUGUGCAAAUCGUCCAUCAGCAAGGAGAAGGUCAUCCCGCUGUAUGGUCGCGGUGGUAGCAAGGAGGACCCGCGGAAAACAGUACCACCAAGGCCGGCCGGUCAGCGCACCGAACCGGAACCAUUGAACGGGUUCCCGAGCUUCACCGGAGACGGUACCUUUCAUAUGUCCUUCGGUAUCGGUGCGUUCCCGUUCGGGUUCUUUACCUCGACGCUCAACUUUGGCGAGUUUCGUGGGGCGAAUGCACCGCGCGAGAACACACGCGAAUCCGAGGAGGACCAGUUUCUAUCGCAGGUGUUUUUGUUCGUCGCACUCGUCUUUAUCGCAUGGCUGGCCCUUGCCUAAGGAGGGGUGAUGGUGGUGCGAAGGGCUCUGGCCAUCAUCUAGGCGCGACACCUCUUCGCCAACCCCAGUCCCGGAGAAACUUCGUCGCUACUAGAUGGCUGCUGCAGUUUCCGUAGAACGGUCAAAGGACAAAUCAAUGCAAACGGCGUCCCUGGCGUCCGUCCUACAUUGUAGAAUGGUUGGACGUUGAAGACAGUCAGAAGUUACGGUUGUUUUGGUUUUUUUUCUUUCGUUGUUUUAAUUAUGUAUGUAUUUUUUUAGUAAAAUCAGCCAGGGAGCAAGAAAUAGAAGCAAAAAUUAAUCAUAAAAUCCACAAGACCGUCGGUAGGAAGAGGAGCAAAAGGAGCAGAGAGGCAGAGAAUGUGUUGGACAGCCACUGUGUUUAGACUAGCCGCUCGCCAAACCUGCCGGUGGCGCUUUUUUAAUGUGAUAGCCUAGGAAAAAUACCCUCACCUCCCCCGCGUAAAAAAUCUCUCAAUAUGUCCCACACUAUUAAUGUUUACAUGUUUAGAAUGAUGUAGGCCAUGAGGUGGCCCCAAAAGGCCGGCUGGCCUUAAUGUAAGAACGACGGUUUACGAGGGAAGACCAACAACCGGCGAUGAUGAGAAUGAUGAUGAUCUGCUGCAGCAUAUGUGGUCUCAGUUCACGUCUUUCGAUGUAUUUAUGGAUUUUUUGUUUUGUAAUGGAAGUACGAGCGAAUAUAACGGGAGUGUAAAACGGGGAGGGACAGGAUCAAUUUAAACGAAGAAAAGUAAAAUAAACGGCAAAGAGUGCAAUACACACAUGUUA